UGCCUAUUAUUACCGCGGACGUCCUUCUCCCUCCCUCUUUCUCUUGUCACUGUGUUUUUCGGGAGGCGGAGGAAGGGUCCCGUUUUCUUUUAUCCUCUUCGCAGAAAAAACAAAUGUUAUGUUUCCGGGGAAACACAUAUCUUCGUGUUCCGCCCCUGCUCAUCCGGGCGACUUUACAUUCACCGCAAAAACAGUUGGAACCAAACCGAAUGAGAGGAGCUAAGGGCGGACUGGACUGAGAGGAAGAACCGGAGACUGACUUGAAGGCUGCACGUCCACCGCUUUCUUUAAUUCAACCGCAAAUUUCCAUUGAUUUUUUUCUUUUCUUCCCAUGGCUCCGUGCGUUUCUUGACGCCUUGAAAUGUGGUAUGAGUCGUUUCCUGCUUCUGUUUCCGUUACUAUUACUCUGUGGGAGUCACCGCUUUGACGUUUGUCUCCCAGGAAAAUCGUAGCAUUUAACGUUAGCUAACUGGAAAACAAAAACUCCCCUUUUUUUUCAACUCAACCCGCGGUGGUCGCACAGAGCCCACGGCUGUUUUCUCUUUUUUGACCCCCAUCAGUUGCCUCAAUGGUUGGGUUUUCUUUCCUUUCUCACCAUAAGGCGGAUGCAGCUGAAAGUAAGCCGAUGACCACCGGGAUUGAUUUAUUAACGAGCCAGCCUGUGUCCACCGAAAUGGUACGAUAGCGUCUGGGAAGGAUUGGGGGAAAGUGAGAAGCUAAGUUGGGGGUGUGGGGGGGUCAGUCUGGGCUGUUUUUUCCCCCUUCAGAUGUGGCUGGGUUGGUACCAAAAACACCAGACAGACAUGAGGUGGAAGUAGUUUGUUUUUUUGUACGCAUUCAUUUAAGCUGGAUCACUGUCUUGGUGAUCUGUGCUGCCUUCAAGGACUGUGACAAUGAGGAUUGUAUGAGAAGUGAGGCUGCUGUACUCUGGUGUGACUGACAGCCAGGCUAAUCUGGGCUGGAUUUUUUUUUUUCAACCCAGUGUGAACACAAACCUACAGCCCAUUUAUUAAUUUUCUCUUGGACGACGAAGCGCACUCAGGGACGACCAUGUCUUUACGCACGGCACUGCCUGGGAACGAGCGGAACCCGGACCAUCAUACCUCCCUGUCGGGCAGCCGCUCGGAGAAGGGUACUGGCUGGUCGAGCCGCUCGCUUGGUGCCCGAUGUCGUAACUCAAUCGCCUUGUGUUCCGAUGAGCAGCCACACAUCGGAAACUACCGGCUCCUCAAGACCAUCGGCAAGGGAAACUUUGCCAAGGUCAAGCUGGCACGACACAUACUGACCGGCAGAGAGGUUGCAAUAAAGAUCAUCGAUAAAACACAACUGAACCCAACCAGCCUACAGAAGCUGUUUCGAGAGGUACGCAUCAUGAAAACUCUGAACCAUCCCAACAUCGUAAAGCUGUUUGAGGUGAUUGAGACUGAGAAGACUCUCUACCUGAUCAUGGAGUACGCAAGCGGAGGUGAAGUGUUUGACUACCUCGUGGCUCAUGGCAGAAUGAAGGAGAAGGAGGCCAGAGCCAAGUUCCGACAGAUUGUCUCAGCGGUGCACUACUGUCAUCUGAAGAACAUUGUUCACAGAGACUUGAAGGCGGAGAACCUGCUACUAGACGCCGACUCCAACAUCAAAAUAGCCGACUUUGGCUUCAGUAACGAGUUCACUGCGGGCAGUAAGCUGGACACGUUCUGCGGCUCCCCGCCCUAUGCCGCCCCAGAGCUCUUCCAGGGGAAGAAGUACGACGGUCCAGAGGUGGACAUCUGGAGCCUGGGUGUCAUCUUGUACACACUGGUCAGUGGGUCCUUGCCCUUUGACGGACAGAACCUAAAGGAGCUGCGGGAGCGUGUUUUGAGGGGGAAAUAUCGUGUGCCCUUCUACAUGUCUACAGACUGCGAGGGAAUCCUGCGCCGCUUCCUGGUCCUCAACCCUGCCAAGCGCUGCUCGCUGGACCAAAUAAUGAAAGAUAAGUGGAUAAAUAUCGGCUAUGAUGGCGAGGAUCUGAAGCCCCACACAGAGCCUGUGGAGGACUUAAACAAUGCCAGCCGCAUUGAUGUGAUGGUUGGGAUGGGCUUCACCAGAGAUGAGAUCAGAGAUUCACUGUCUAGUCAGAAGUACAAUGAGGUCACCGCCACAUACCUGCUGCUGGGACGCAAGAAUGAGACGGAGAGCACUGUGUCUCGGUCAGGCAGCAGUCUGAGUCUAGCUCGAGUCCGACCCGGCACCCUCACCAACGGAACCAGCAAGCACCCCACAUCGUCUUCCUCCUCCGCUGCAACUUCUUCCUCUGGCCACAAGGCGCAGCGCAGCGCUUCUACUUACCACCGCCAGAGACGACACUCUGACUUCUGUGGUCCUGCGGUUCCAGGGUCGACAAACCCUAAGCGGAGUCCCAGUGGUGUAGGCGAAGGUGCAGGCCUGAAGGAAGAGCGGCUGUCAAGCCGCAAGCCGAGCACCAGUACUGUUGGCUCUCGUAGCAUCCCUACCCCCUCCAGUCCCAUGGUUAGCUCUGCUCAUAACCCAAAUAAGGCAGAGAUACCGGACCGGCGCAAGGAAGUUACCGCAACCACAAAUAACGUCCCUGCCAGUGCCAUGACUCGAAGAAACACAUAUGUGUGUACAGACCGAUCCAACACUGAUAGACACACACUGCUGCAAAAUGGCAAGGAAAACAGUUCCAUAUCCCAUCGCCUGCCCCCCGCCUCUCCUUCAACCCACAGCAUCGCUGGUGCUUCUGGGACCUCCUCUGCGUCCUCCACGCCCUCCUCCCGCCUCUCCAGGGGAUCCACGGUUAGGAGCACUUUCCAUGGAGGGCAGAUCAGAGACCGUCGUCCUCCAUCCCAUGCUCCUCCAGCUUCCCCAACACCGUCUCAUGAUGCCAGCCCGCUGCCCCACGCCAGGACCCGGGCCACGACCAACCUGCUAAGCAAACUCACCUCCAAAUUGACCCGCAGGGUCACUCUUGACCCUUCUAAACGUCAGAGCUCAAACAAGUCCAUGUCGGGCUGCACCCUCCCACAGGGGACAAAAACAGUUAGGUCACAGACGAACCUGAGAGAAUCAGCAGAUCUCCGGUCACAAGCCUCAGCUGCUUCAGCCCAGUCUCAGUCUCAGGUUAAAACCAGCAGUCGCCAUCUAUCUGGGCAUCAGAAAGCGGUCGAGCCCCGGACCCCCCGAUGCGGCUGGGAUGUGAGGGUGCGGAGCCCCCGCGACCCGGCCGAGGUGGUGCUUGCUCUGCGCGAGGCGGCGCAGGGCUGCGGCUGCCAGGUCCACCUCGCCGGGCCUUUCCUCCUGUCCUGCACCCACGGAGCAGCCGGCGCCCGCGUGGCCUUCGAGGCCGAGGUCUGCCAGCUGCCCAGCGGGCUGGGCCAGAGCAGCGGUGUGAGGUUCAAGCGCCUGUGGGGGGCACCGUUAGCCUUUAGAGACAUCGCCACCAAAGUGUCUAAGGAGCUGGAGCUCUGAGGGCGACAGGAGGCGGGGCAGAUUUAUAACAGACUGGACCUGUUGAUGAAUGAGGAGGGAUGAAGAGGAGGAGGAACAACGAGGAAGAAAGUAUCGCCUCCUCCUCCUCUUCCUCCCCGGGCUCCAUCUCAUCUGAUGUGGCUAACGAUGCCUCGCCUCCGCCAAAGACCACCAAUCAAAGGACAAACGGAUGCACAGACACGGAUAGACCGCCAUCGGCAGACCUAUGAUGACCCUUGAACAUGGAACUGUCAGUGACCCACGAUCCCCGCUUGAAACACACCACCACCUCCAUGUCACGUGAGCCCAUGGAGUCCUCCCCCCCCCCCCCCCCCCCCCUUCACGAUUUCAUGUUUGAUGAUGAUGAGGAUUGUGUUGCUGAGAAUGAUGGGAGAUUGAUAAUUUGUUGUUGUUGACAUUGUUAUUCCUGUUGUAUCAUAUUUGUUGGCAUCAUUCCUUUUUAAAGAGCUGCUAUUUAAAGAAAUGUUUUAAAUUUUUGUUGUGUAUUAAGUUUAUUUUCUUUCUUUAAUAUUUUUAAUAAUGGGCCGAAGUUUGACAUCUGUUUCUCUGAAGCAGACGUCACAUCUUUCAGAAGUGAGGUCGCAGUCCGACCUCCGGCCUCUAGAGGGAGACAUGCAGAAAUGCAGAGACUUGUGACAGACUGAAUGAAGCAUAGCGGCCUUUCCGCCCAUCCAUUGAUAACGCCCAUUCACAGCUCAGUUGGGAUUUAAAUUCAGAUUUUUUUAGUAAAAUGUUGCCUCUCUGCCUGCCAUCCAUACUGAAUUCUCCACUGUAUUUCCAGAAGAGCCAAGCUGCCUAAUUACACAGGACCCAGCUGACGUUGGAUUUGGGAACCUGAUCAUUUGAGUGUAUGCUCUGCUCCUUACAUAUACUCUACUUCACCCAGUGUUUUGUCCAAUGCUAACUUAAUUAACAAGUAAAAGUCCUCUUUCAAAGAAUCAAAUGACACAACAUUCAGUUGGUUUAAAGCGCAAAGUAGAAUUUAUUUCUACAAAUUAACUGGAUCUCCAACAGAAACAAGGAUUUGAGUUUUUAUUACACAACAGGGUGUCUCACCUGGCCUGUAUUUAUUUUAGUUUUCUUGCUGCAAAUGCCUUCUUCUUUUUUAUAAGAUCAACAAAUAAACCCUUGGAAAGGAAAUUUAACACGAUGUGGUCCAAAAAAAUACAAAUCUUUAUCCUUUUCCUGCUAGGCCAAUGCCGACAUCGUUCAGAAACCCAGUCCAACGUGAAGCCUUUAUUGGUUGUCAAACAAAACAGAAGUUAAGCAACUACAGAUUUGAACGCCAGUAAAAGCAGUGCUUUUUAAUUUUUUCGAGAUACUUUUUCUAAUUUUAUUCCACAUGUUUCCCACUCACAUGAUUACAGUAGUUUAUGCUGGUUUAGAGUAAAUGGAGAAGCUGGAGGUUUUACUGGUAGCACUUAACAAUAUCCCAGUCUGUCAGAACGCCACCACCCUCCGGUCCUCUAAUGUAGUGCAAUACAGUCCCAAUGCCAAGAAUCUAGACCUGAAUAGGCAUCGGCUCACUAGGGCCCCUUGCUUGAUUUCCUUUUUAAUUGUUGAUAUUGCUGAUAUGUUGUUAAAAUUCAUUGAGCACUUCUUUUUUUGCUUUUUAGUCAGGAUUGCACUGUACUGGCAGAGUUUUUAAAUUAAUCUGUAUUUUUCUUUUGUAAAGUGUUACAAAAUCACAAAUUUUAAAGUCCACCGAAGCUAACAAUUGACGUUGAGUGCCCUUCUUUCCUUUACUUCCCUCAGUGAAAUCAGAUGGUUUGAUGGCUUCAGGUUUUCAGGUAGAAGUGCCACAAAUGUCAUAUUUAGGAAACUGAGGUAAAAAAAAAAAUCAAAAUGGCGACCUGUCUUCAUAAAGUUUUGUCAGUUUCUUUUGUCCAAUAGUACAUUUAUUUUGUGUUCUUACCCUCAGCAACACUUUGGAUACAUAGAAACUGUAGACCUUAACAUCUGUUGACCAAUCAGGCUGCAGCCCUGCUGUAACGUGUGCUGUUGACCAGUCAGAUUCCAGUAUUACUGUAAAAGGUGUAUGACUGUUAACCAAUCAUAUUCCUGCCUCAUAAAGCCACUAUAUAAUUUCAAACCAUGCGACGGUUCAAGAUGUGGGCUCGAAUGUUGGAGAAAUUAGAUUUUCUUUCUUUCUAGUUUUACAGAACAAAACUACCAGAGUGCUCCAUUGAUCAUAUAUUGACACUGACGACUCCAAAAUCAACAUGUUGUUGUACUGUAAUUUUAUAUAGCCAAGCAGUUAUAAUUUGUACUUUAGAAGUAUGCAGCAUUUAACAAAACGCGGAUAUGUAAAAGGAAAAGUUGAAAGAAAUACAGCAGAUAUUUGAUAUUUACGCUGCAGGAAUGUGUCUGUUGAACGGGAGAUUUUAGCUGCAGCUGGUAUCCAUCACUGUCUGAAAAUGUGAAGCUGUGAUUUAGGGCUAGUUUUUGCAUUUGUUUUCUUUGUGUGCAACUGGGUCUCGCUCUCAGUACAUGUUCUGUAGAAACAGUUAGGGCCAUGCUUGAAGGCUACAGUUCUAUUGCAUAGUGUGUUUGAAGCUGUCGCUGUUGUCAAGAAAACUUAACUUAUGGGCUAAAAUUACGGAAAUUAUCGACCUGCAAUCCUGCAUGUCUCCUAGGAAAUAAUGUGUGACACAAAAAUAAAGACUUUCAACAUCGUA